AGGACGGGGACGGGGACGGGGACGGGGACGGGCCUCCCCCCUCCCCCGGGCCCGGCUCCGGCUCCGGGCCCCGCUCCGGGCCCCGCUCCGUGCUGACCGUCUGUGUUCUCUCCUACAUCAACCUGCUCAACUACAUGGACCGCUUCACAGUGGCAGGUGUCCUACCUGACAUCGAGGAGUACUUCCAGAUAGGAGACAGCAGCUCAGGAUUACUGCAGACAGUCUUUAUCUGCUCCUACAUGGUGCUGGCUCCUGUAUUCGGAUACCUGGGUGACCGUUACAACAGGAAGUGGAUCAUGAGCAGUGGAAUUUUCUUCUGGUCGGCCAUCACCCUCCUCAGUUCCUUUGUCCCACAGCAGUGUUUUUGGGCUCUGCUCUUUACCCGGGCGCUGGUGGGCAUCGGCGAAGCCAGUUACUCCACCAUCGCCCCCACUGUCAUCGCUGACCUCUUCGUAGGCGACUUCAGGAGCCGCAUGCUGUCCAUCUUCUACUUUGCCAUCCCGGUCGGCAGCGGUUUGGGAUACAUCGUGGGAUCGAAGGUGACGGACUUCACUGAUGACUGGCAUUGGGCUCUGCGGGUGACUCCAGGUCUGGGGUUAGUGGCUGUUCUCUUGCUUGUGUUCGUGGUCCCGGAGCCUCCAAGGGGGGCAUUGGAGCGUAGGUCAGAACGGGCACUUGUUCACACCUCGUGGCUCACCGAUGUGAAGGAACUCUCCACAAAUUACAGCUUCCUGCUCUCCUCUCUGGGCUUCACAUCGGUGGCAUUCGUCACGGGGACCCUUGCUCUGUGGGCACCCGCCUAUCUCUUCCGAGCCCAGGUGGUGCAGGGCACCAUGCGUCCGUGCACCAAGUCGACUUGCAACUCCCUGGACAGUUUGCUGUUCGGGAUCAUCACCUGCAUCACGGGUUUCCUGGGCGUGGGUGCCGGUGUGGAAAUCAGCAAGAGGUACCGGAAGGUGAACCCACGCGCCGACCCGCUGGUGUGUGCCUGCGGCCUGCUGGGCUCUGCCCCCUUCCUCUACUUCGCUGUGGUGACCGCAGAGGCUAGCAGCAUCGCUUCCUAUGUGUGCAUUUUUAUGGGGGAGCUGCUGCUGUCUCUGAACUGGGCGAUUGUGGCUGAUAUUCUAUUGUAUGUGGUGGUGCCCACUCGCCGUUCCACAGCUGAAGCCUUCCAGAUCAUGAUGUCGCACCUCCUGGGAGAUGCCAGCAGCCCCUACCUGAUCGGAGUGAUCUCCGAUAAGAUCCGGCACUCCCGCCCGGACUCCUACCUUGCUGAGUUCCGCAGCCUGGAGUACGCCCUGCUGAUCUGUUGCUUUGUCGGGGCCCUGGGAGGUGGCGCCUUCUUGGCCACCGCCGUCUUCAUCGAGCAGGACCGCAGCAAGGCGGAGCACUACACCCAAGCCCUGACAGAGGCGGAUGAGCCAAUUCUUGUCCCUAAAGCCGGAAGGUCAGUGAAGCUGCCGGUUGCAAGUGUACUCAUUUGAAGACGGAGGUGGGAAGAGGGGAAGGAAUGAGGCCAAGUAUCACCCCCCCCUCCCCCCCCCCCCACUUCCCUGCCAUCGUCUCAAACUUUCCAACUCUUUAUACUCGUAUGGAGGAUAUCCGGAUUCACUCCGACUCUGUACACUCACAUGGAGGAUACCCAGACUGACUCCAACCCUAUAUACUCGUAUGGAGGAUAUCCGGAUUCGCUCCGACUCUGUACACUCACAUGGAGGAUACCCAGACUGACUCCAACCCUAUAUACUCGUAUGGAGGAUAUCCGGAUUCGCUCCGACUCUACACUCACAUGGAGGAUACCCAGACUGACUCCAACCCUAUAUACUCGUAUGGAGGAUAUCCGGAUUCGCUCCGACUCUGUAUACUCACAUGGAGGAUACCCAACUGACUCCAACCCUAUAUAUUCGUGUGGAGGAUAUCUGGAUUCACUCUGGCCCUAUAUACUGAUGCAGAGGAUGACCAGACUCACUCUGACCCUAUAUACGGACACGGAGGAUGACCAGACUCACUCUGACCCUAUAUACGGACACGGAGGAUGACCAGACUCACUCUGACCCUAUAUACGGACAGAGAGGAUGACCAGACUCACUCUGACCCUAUAUACUGAUACGGAGGAUAAUCGGGACUCGCUCUGACCCUAUAUACUGACACGGAGAAUAAUCGGGACUCGCUCUGACCCGACCUAUAAUGCGUGGAGGAUGUCCAGCUUCACUCCGACCCGAUAUACUCGCGGGGAGGAUAAGCGGAGGAGCAAAGGGCAGCAGUGGGGAUAGGGUAAAGGGGAAGGGGUGGGGAUGGGGCGGUGAGUGUGGGUUCUAAUAGCGCUGACGUUCUAGAGACUGAUCAAGGCCAAGAGCUCGGUGGAUUCAUUCUGGAAAAAUUGUUUUUGAAUUCUUUAUAAAUUGGGGCAGUGGUGCCUUUGGUCACUGACUGGCCUUUCUGGGGGAUUUUGUUUUUUGUGUGGAGGGGGCUGGGGUUUGGGGAGGGUGGGCAUUGCAUUAUUUAUUAAAUGCGGGGAGCGAGGUACAAUGAUUUUGUCUAAUGCACCUUUUAGUUAACCGACAUGCAACACUAAACCGGCUCAACCUGUGUAGAUCUCGAAGACGGGCGGGGAGGGUAAGAGGUGAUGGAGGGGCCCCUGAGGGAAGUGCCGGAGUCACUCCCGGCUCCAUCCCUGAGCACCUCCAGCCGGUCAGAGAGGCGUGCGGCCGCUCGACUGCGGUAGGCAUCGUGGGCCGGCAGCGCUUAAAGGGCUGGGAAGAUGGGGCUGAGUUCAAUGUUCAGAUCUGCGCCCAGCUCGCUGAGGCCACUCUGUUCGUGGAGUGAUUUUUAAAAUUGAAAUCCAAGAUGAUUGAUUGUACAAAGAUGACUGUGUUUAUAUGACACUAAAUAAAGCGUGAAGAUUC